AUGAAGCUGCUCGCCCUGCUCGCCGCCGGCGCGCCCUUCGCUGCCGCGCUGUGGCCCAUUCCGUCGCAGUACAGCUCCGGCAACACCACGCUCUGGAUCAGCAGUGACGUCAAGAUCACCUACAACUCCCCCAGCAACCAGACUGCGUCGCACAACUCGUCGGCCACCGUUACUUCGCAGCAGCUCGUGCAGAAUGCCAUCCAACGCACCCACGACGCCAUCUUCGACCACUCGUUUGUGCCGUGGAAAUUCCACCCGCGCUUUUCCGACUUCGAGCCCCCGACUUCCGACAAGCAAUUCAUCUCCACCGUCGCCCUGCAGCAGACGAAGCCGGAUCCGACCAAUCUCAUCGCUCCGACUGACGACACCCUCGACGAGUCGUACUCGCUCAGCGUCUCCGAGUCGGGCGAGGUUGCCAUCUCCGCAGCCUCUUCCGUUGGCCUGCUGCACGGUCUGACCACCUUCUCGCAACUGUUCUUCAAGCACUCCCAAGGCGGUUCCUACACCAGCCUCGCCCCCGUCGAGAUCCAGGAUGCUCCCAAGUUCGCUCAUCGCGGCCUCAACAUGGACGUCUCGCGCAACUACUUCUCUGUCGACGACCUCAAGCGCAUGCUGGACUCCAUGGCCUUUGCCAAGAUGAACCGCUUCCACAUCCACAUCACCGAUUCCCAGUCCUGGCCGCUGGUGGUCCCUGCCAUCCCCGAGCUCUCGGCCAAGGGUGCCUACGCUGCCAACCUCGUCUACACGCCCGAAGACCUCGAGGACAUCCAGAAGUACGCCAAUCUACUUGGCAUCGAGCCCAUCCUGGAGAUCGACAUGCCGGGCCACACUGCCUCCGUCGCCUUCUCCAACCCGGACCUGGUCGCCGCGUUCAACGUGCAGCCUGACUGGGACACGUACUGCGCCGAGCCACCGUGUGGCACCUUGAAGCUCAACUCUUCUGCCGUGUACGACUUUCUCGACACGCUGCUUGGUGACGUGCUGCCGCGUGUCAAGCCGCACACGGCCUAUUUCCACAGCGGAGGCGACGAAGUCAACGCGCAAUCGUACUUGCUAGACGACACGGUCCGGUCCAACUCGACGGCGAUUCUCCAGCCCCUGAUGCAAAAGUUUGUUGACCGCAACCACGACCAGAUUCGCGCCAACGGCCUUCGGCCGAUUGUGUGGGAGGAAAUGCUUCUGGAGUGGAAUGUCACGCUCGGCAAGGACGUCUUGGUCCAGACGUGGCAGUCAGACCAGGCGGUUGCGGACACGGUCGCCAGUGGCCACAAGGCUCUGGCGGGCAACUACAAUUACUGGUAUCUUGACUGCGGCAAGGGCCAGUGGCUGGACUUCACGCCCGAGACGGCGUCGACGUACUGGCCUUUUGCGGACUACUGCUCUCCGCGCAAGAGCUGGAGGCUAAUGUACUCGUACGAUCCGCUGAGCGGCGUUCCGGCCAACCAAACGCAUCUUGUGGUGGGCGGCGAGUGCCACAUCUGGGCCGAGCAAACGGACCCGGCCGUCAUCGAUAGCAUGGUAUGGCCACGGGCUGCGGCGGCCGCGGAGGUGCUCUGGAGCGGGGCCAAGGACGAGCAGGGCCAGAACAGGAGCCAGAUCACGGCGAGCCCGCGGCUGAGCGACUUCCGCGAGCGGCUGGUGGCUCGCGGCGUGCAGGCGGAGCCGAUCCAGAUGCCGUUCUGCACCCAGAACGGCACGCAAUGCGCGCUCUAG